UCGCUGCCCUAGGCGCUAAGCUUGGAGCGCGGUGCUUUCGGGAUUCAGCUCUCCUCUCGGGGAUCUUCUGCCUCCUCCCGGAAGAGGGGAGAAGGCGCAGGUGGGUCUCUGGUUCUGGGUCCCGAUCCCUAGGAACUUUGAAACCUGCCUGGCGGGGGAAGAGGGCUGCUAGGCCGAGGCCUGUGUUUGCUGCGCUUCUUCUGCGGCAUGAAGACGUCUGAGGAGCAACUCUUGGUUCCGGGCAGCCUCCCUUCAGACCCGUGUCCGGCGCCUCUCCCUCCCCAGGCAUCCCUGAGGGAUAAAAACACAGACCCCGAACGGACGCCACCUCCACCGCCACCGCCACCGCCACCGGAUGGAGAGGAACAGCCUGAGCCGUCCACACAUCCCGUGGCUGCCUUGGCCGAGCCUCAGGAGCUGCGAGAGGAGGACGCGGCUCCUCCCUCCACUCCCCCGCUCGCGGAGUUUGGUACCCUUCAAGUGUCGAGCAGUCGAAUCGAGAAGCAGGAACUUUCUGAACAUGCAAGCCUUCCUGAAGAAGAAACGGACGGGCUAGAGUUGGAAACUGAAGAAGCCAUGGAAGUUGUGGCUGAGGAACCCACUCCAGACGAUGAGGGAGACACCAUUUGGAACUACAGCUUCUGCCAGCCACCUCGGUUUCUUAGUGGUUCCUGGUCUGAGUUCAGUGCCCAACCUGAGAACUUCUUGAAAGGAUGUAAGUGGGCUCCUGAUGGUUCCUGCAUCUUGACCAGUAGUGCUGAUAACGUCCUACGGAUUUACAACCUGCCUCCAGAGCUGUACCAUGAGGAGAAACAGGUGGAAUAUGCAGAAAUGGCCCCUGUCCUUCGAAUGACGGAGGGUGACACUAUCUAUGAUUACUGCUGGUAUUCUCUGAUGUCCUCCGCCCAGCCAGACACCUCCUAUGUGGCCAGCAGCAGUCGGGAGAAUCCAAUCCAUAUCUGGGAUGCAUUCACUGGAGAGCUCCGAGCUUCCUUUCGUGCCUACAACCACCUGGAUGAGCUGACAGCAGCCCAUUCACUCUGCUUCUCCCCGGAUGGCUCCCAGCUCUUCUGUGGCUUCAACAGGACUGUGCGGAUUUUCUCCACAUCCAGGCCUGGCCGAGACUGUGAGGUGCGGGCCACGUUUGCAAAAAAGCAAGGCCAGAGUGGCAUCAUCUCCUGCAUCGCCUUCAGCCCAGCCCAACCCCUUUAUGCCUGUGGCUCCUACAGUUGUUCUCUGGGCCUGUAUGCCCGGGAGGAUGGCACCCGUCUAGCCUUGUUCAGAGGGCACCAAGGGGGCAUCACUCACCUCUGCUUUCACCCUGAUGGCAACCGCUUCUUCUCAGGAGCCCGGAAGGAUGCUGAGCUGCUCUGCUGGGAUCUCCGGCAGCCUGGCCACCCAUUGUGGUCUUUGAAUAGGGAGGUGACCACCAAUCAGCGGAUCUACUUUGAUCUGGACCCGAGUGGGCAGUUCCUAGUGAGUGGCAGCACCAGCGGGGUCGUCUCUGUGUGGGACAUCAGUGAUUAUGGGAAGCCCGAGCCUGUGCUGAGUUUUGUGCCCCAGCAAGACUGUACCAACGGAGUGAGCCUGCACCCUAGCCUGCCACUGCUGGCCACUGCUUCUGGUCAACGUGUGUUUCCUGAGCCCACCACCAGUGAGGAUGAAGGAGAGCAGAAGUUGGACCUUCCCCUGCUCUCCCUGCGCCACAGUCACCUUGAGUGUCAGCUGCAGCUCUGGUGGUGUGGGAGAGGGCCAGAUCUCAGCUGCCCUGAUGAUCAGGGACAGAAGGGACAAGGAGGGACAGAAGGCAGUAGGGAUGAGCUUAUAUAAAAAGUUGUUUGUUUUUUUUUGUGGUACUCGAGUCUUUUUGUCUGUUUAGGGAGGCAAAUGAUGGUUGGGGGCUGGGUAGGAGGUUAGUGGGGGUCCCUUGUCCAGUUGUGAUGGGGACUGGCAUAUUGUUCUUGAAACCAGGGGUUGAGAGGUGGGACCAGGCAAGAGCCAAUGGGGUGGCUGGGAUUGGUGUGAAGUCAAGUGAGUGGGGGGUGGGGCCUCAUGCCAUUGACUAGCUGGUUGCUAGGCAACUAGGUAAACUGAAGGGGGGGAAACCUGUUUGAAAUUUCACUUCCAAGGUGGGCAGCAGGGGUCAGGGUGAGCAGGGCUGAACAAGAGUGGUAUGAGCUCUGUGUCAGACUGUUGGGUGUGCCAGCGUGAGACUGUGAAGACAGUGACAGACGAGGCUUGCUCACUCCACACUAUUUACCAUCAUCCAGCAGCAGAGGGACCAUUAUUCAACUCUGGGGAAGGGGUGUGGGAGCACUCCCAUCCCCUCUCCUCCCCUGGACUCCCCCCUGAAGAAGGCAACCCAGUAGCCACAGUUAAAGACAAACAUGUGCCAAAAAAAUACAGCGAUCACAGUCUGUCUCCUGUUGGAUGCAGGACUAGGGCAAGAGGCUUACUCAUUCCACAGCUGGGGCUGGGCUUGCUUCUCCAUUUGUCUGCUUUUCCCUUGCCCCCCACACCUUGCCAAGAACCGUGAAGGGGGACUUUGAAGAGCUGCUGUCAGCAGGAGAUGUGAUGGGGACCUCACAAUCAAAGGGAAGGGAAAAGCCUGUGGAGGUUUGAGCUGGAAGGAGAGGAAUGUCGCCCCUGCUGGGAAGUGCUGAAAGCUUGUGUUCUUAGACCCCAAAAAGGCCACUCCUCCCUUUCCCUAGGAUAAUUGGAAACAGCCCUUCCGGCGGAGUGCGGCUUUAGGGUUGUAGGUACCCUGUUCUCACAAGCACUCAAGGCCCAAGUUGACUCCCUAGUCUGCCUUUCAGGUGACGCCCACUUAUCAAAUCAAGGGAUCAGGCACGCAGGACCAGAGACACCCCCGGGAAUUUAGGUUCAGCAACCUGGGGUUGGUGUACCAGUGACUUUAUUCCAGACUCCCUGUGUGACCUUGGGCAGAUGGCGGGCCCUCCCUGAGCCUCGGUUUCUCCAUCACUACCG